GCAGGGACCCUAAAGAAGAAACUAAGGAUUUCUUGAGUGGCGGGCAGCAGCAGCGAAUGGGAGAGCCGAUACGGCGUGACGCGACGGGAAAAGGGGGAGUUCGCGGCCGGUGGCGGCGGUGGCGACAGCGGCGACCUGGGCAUCGAGCUGGAGGGACCUGGGGAGCGUGCAGAGUCCUCUAGCUCUAGCGCGAGGGACCCCCUGCAAGGAUGCCUGGGGAGCAGAUGGACCCUACUGGAAGUCAGUUGGAUUCAGAUUUCUCUCAGCAAGACACUCCUUGCCUGAUAAUUGAAGAUUCCCAGCCUGAAAGCCAGGUUCUAGAAGAUGAUUCUAGUUCUCACUUCACUAUGCUCUCUCGACACCUUCCCAAUCUACAGGCACACAAAGAGAAUCCUGUGUUGGAUGUUGUGUCCAAUCCUGAACAAACAGCUGGAGAAGAACAAGGAGACAGUAAUAGUGGGUUCAAUGAACACGUGAAAGAAAACAAAGCUGCAGACCCUAAGGACUCUUCUCAUUUGGAUACAUGUGGUUCCAUCAGUCAGAUCAUUGAACAGUUACCUCAGCCAAACAGGACAAGCAGUGUUCUGGGAAUGUCAGUGCAACCUGUUUCUUCUGCUGGGGAAGAGAAGGAAGAAGAGAUAGAAGAAGGAGAGGAAAAGGAAGAAGAUACUCCAGAUGAUAACACACAUUCCCUCGGUGCUGAAGAUCCUGCCUCAUCACAGUUGGGCUUUGGAGUUCUGGAACUUUCCCAGAGUCAGGAUAUUGAAGAACAUACUGUGCCAUAUGAAGUAGACAAAGAGCAUCUACAGUCAGUACCCAUGAACUCACUAACCAGACUAUCUGAUGUGGAUGCUAAUAUUGCAGUUAAGCACGAACAGUCCAGUGAAGAUAUCCCAAUGGCAGAACAACCCAGCAAGGAUGUCCCUGUGGCAGCACAGCCCAAUAAGGAUAUAAAUGUGGUAGAGGAGAAAAGCCCCUUACCUGCACGAUCUGAGGACCUGCCUUCUAGUCCCAAGGUAUCUCUUGCUCCUGUGGAAACAAAGGAACAAAUAUCUGCUCAAGAACUUGUGGAAAGUGGAAUGGAGAUUCAGAAGUCACCAGAGCCUGAGGUUUUAUCAACUCAGGAAGAUUUGUUUGACCAGAGCAAUAAAACAGCUUCUGAUGGUUAUUCUACUCCUUCGAGAGAAGGUGUGUGUUCUCCAGCUUCUACACCUGCUACUACUCUGCACCUCCUUCAGCUCUCUGGUCAGCGGUCCCUUGUUCAAGAGAAUCUUUCCACGAAUUCCUCAGAUCUUGUUGCUCCUUCCCCGGAUGCUUUGCGAUCUACCCCUUUUAUUGUUCCUAGCAGUCCCACGGAAGAAGAUGGAAGAAAAGAUGAGCCAAUGGAUAUGUCAAUGUUAUCUGAAGGAAGGGGAGAGUCUUUUCAGAAGAAACUCAAGCCAAUAGAGAUAGAAAACCCUCCUCUUCCACCUGAAUCCACUAUCCCACCACAGGCCUCAACACCCGUAUCUCAGAGCACACCUAUCUUCACUCCUGGGUCACUUCCUGUCCCAUCCCAGCCUGAAUUUUCUCAUGACAUUUUCAUUCCAUCUCCAAGCUUAGAAGAAGGAUCAAAUGAUGGGAAGAAAAGUGAAGUCUUACAUAGUUCAUCUUUGACUGUUGAGUGUUCAAAAAAUUCAGAGACUGAACCAAAGAAUUCCACUGAGGAUCUUGGGCUGUCUUUGACAGGGGAUUCUUGUAAGUUGAUGCUUUCUGCAAGUGAGUAUAGUCAGUCCCCAAAGAUGGAGAACUUGAGUUCUCAAAGGAUUGAUGAAGAUGGAGAAAACACACAGAUUGAGGAUACUGAACCCCUGUCUCCUGUUCUCAAUUCUAAACUUGUUCCUGAAAAUGAUAAUAUCCUAAUGAAUCCAGCACAAGAUGGCCAAGUAGAACUGAGUCAUAAUGAUGACAAAACAAAGGGAGAUGAUAUAGAAACCAGAGAUGACAGUAGUAUUUUAGCUACUGGUUGCAAAGACAGAGAAGAGACUGUGGUAGAAGAUGUUUGUAUUGAUCUCACCUGUGAUUCAGGGAGUCAGGCAGUUCCUUCUCCAGCUACUAGAUCGGAGGCACUCUCUAGUAUGCUAGAUCAAGAGGAAGCUAUGGAAAUAAAAGAGCAUCAUCCAGAGGAGGGGUCUACAGGUUCUGAUGUGGAAGAAAUCCCUGAGACUCCUUGUGAAAGUCAAGGUGAGGAAUCCAAAGAAGAAAAUAUGGAGAGUGUCCCAUUGCACCUUUCUCUGGCUGAAACGCAAUCCCAAGGAUUGUGUCUUUCAAAGGAAAUCCCAAAACAAGAAUGCCAGGAGGCAAUGGAAGUUGAAGCCAGUGUGAUUAGUAUUGAUUCCCCCCAAAAACUUCCAGUACUUGACCAGGAUUUAGAACAUAAAGAUCAGGAAGCUUGGGAAGAAGCUACUUCAGAGGACUCCAGUGUUGUCAUUGUAGAUGUGAAGGAACCAUCUCCCAGAGUUGAUGUUUCUUCAGAACCUUUGGAGGGAGUGGAGAAAUGCUCAGAUUCCCAGUUGUGGGAGGAUGACGCUCCAGAAAUAGAACCAUGUGCUGAGAAUAGAGCAGAUAUCCAGGAAGAAAAGAGCGCAGAAUAUGAAGGAGACCUGAAAUCGGUGACUGCAGAAAAGGAACCAGUAGAGGCAGCCUCUCCACAGCCUGCCUUGACUUUAGAGAGAACAACAGAUGAUGCUGUGAAAUCCAGUCAGGAGAUGCAGCAGGCCCAACCUCAAGAGAAGACAGCUAAUUCAUUAUCAGAGGACUCAAAAAUGGAUAAUGCAGAUCAGCUGGGUUCAGGUGGUGAGGCGCAGCAACUGGAGAAGGGUUCUGCACAGGCCUCACAAAGCUUCUGUGAAAGCUCUAGUGAAGCUCCAUUUCAUUUCACUUUGCCGAAAGAAGGUGAUGUUAUUCCACCACUGACGGGUGCAACUCCACCUCUUAUUGGGCACCUAAAAUUGGAGCCCAAAAGACACAGUACUCCUAUUGGUACUAGCAAUUAUCCAGAAAGCACCAUAGCAGCCAGUGAUGUUAUGUCUGAAAGCAUGGUGGAGACCAAUGAUCCCAUAAAUGAGAAUGAAAAAGGAGAUUCUGGAGCUACUCCAGAGACAGACGAUAAAUUGUGUCUAAGAAUGAAACUGGUUAGUCCUGAGACUGAGGCAAGCGAAGAGUCUUUGCAGUUUAGCCUGGAAAAGCCUACAACUGGUGAAAGAAAAAAUGGAUCUACUGCUGCUGCUGAGGCUGUUGCCAGCCCUCCCAAGACCUUGCCUGUGUUUAGCUGUGUCUGUGAAGCCCAGCAAGAAGAGGAGGCUCAAAGUCAAGAGCUCCCCUCAGCACCCAUCAGGGGGAACUUGCUCCAUUUUCCAAGUACUAGAGAAGAGGCGAAGGAAACAUUGGAAGAAGACAGCAGGACCAGACAGAGUCAACAGUCUGUGAAGCCCAGUAGUCCUGUCAAGGACCCUACUUUUCCUACCUCUCAGCACAUAGCCACAGAGGGACCAUCCAGUCCUCAAGGGGAAGUAAUGGAGACAGAUGUGCUAGAAGACCAGAAAGAAGGACAGAAUAUCAAUCGGGAAAAACCCAGUAAGGCCUUGAUUGGAAGGCCCAGCCAGAAUAACAUAGGAAUUCAGACCAUAGAGCAUUCCCUGUGGGUCCCAGAAACUGUUUCAGCAGCAACCCAGACUAUAAAGAAUGUGUGUGAACAGGGGACCAGCACAGUGGACCAGAACUCUGGAAAACAAGAUGCCACAGUUCAGACUGAGAGGGGAAGUGGUGAGAAGCCAGUCAGUCCUCCUAGGGAUGAUACAGAGUCGCUCCAUAGCCAGGGAGAGGAAGAGUUCGAUAUGCCCCAGCCGCCACAUGGCCACGUUUUACAUCGCCACAUGAGAACAAUCCGGGAGGUUCGCACACUUGUCACUCGUGUCAUCACAGAUGUGUAUUAUGUGGAUGGAACAGAAGUAGAAAGAAAAGUCACUGAGGAAACUGAAGAGCCAAUUGUAGAGUGUCAGGAGUGUGAAACUGAAGUUUCCCCUUCACAGACUGGGGGCUCCUCAGGCGACCUGGGGGAUAUCAGCUCCUUCUCCUCCAAGGCAUCCAGCUUACACCGCACGUCGAGUGGGACAAGUCUGUCAGCCAUGCACAGCAGUGGCAGCUCAGGGAGAGGAGGAGCCGGAACAUUCAAAGGGAAAACCAGCGGGACAGAACCCGCAGAUUUUGCCUUGCCCAGCUCCCGAGGAGGCCCAGGAAAACUGAGUCCUAGAAAAGGGGUCAGUCAGACAGGGGCGCCAGUGUGUGAGGAGGAUGGUGAUGCAGGCCUUGGCAUCAGACAGGGAGGGAAGGCUCCAAUCACGCCUCGUGGGCGCGGGCGAAGGGGCCGCCCACCUUCUCGGACCACUGGAACCAGAGAGACAACUGUGCCUGGCCCCUUGGGCGUAGAGGACAUUUCGCCCAACAUGUCGCCAGAUGAUAAAUCCUUUACCCGUAUCACGCCCCGAGUGCCAGACUCUACCAAACGAGCAGAUAUGAGCACUAGUGUUGUGCGUCGAAGCGACUCUCCAGAGAUUCCUUUUCAGGCUGCUGCUGGCCCUUCCGAUGGCUUAGAUGCCUCCUCUCCGGGGAACAGCUUCGUAGGGCUCCGUGUUGUGGCCAAGUGGUCCUCCAAUGGCUAUUUUUACUCUGGGAAAAUCACACGAGAUGUCGGAGCCGGGAAGUACAAGUUGCUCUUUGAUGACGGGUAUGAGUGUGACGUUUUAGGCAAAGACAUUCUGCUGUGUGACCCCAUCCCGCUGGAUACUGAAGUGACAGCACUGUCGGAGGACGAGUAUUUCAGUGCAGGUGUGGUGAAAGGGCAUAGGAAGGAGUCUGGAGAGCUGUACUAUAGCAUUGAAAAGGAAGGUCAGAGGAAGUGGUAUAAGCGGAUGGCUGUCAUCCUGUCCUUGGAACAAGGAAACAGACUGAGAGAGCAGUAUGGCCUGGGCCCGUAUGAGGCAGUAACACCCCUCACCAAGGCAGCAGAUAUCAGUUUAGACAAUUUGGUGGAAGGGAAGCGGAAACGACGUAGUAACAUCAGCUCUCCAGCAACUCCCACAGCUUCCAGCAGCAGCAGCAGCACAACCCCAACCCGCAAGGUCACAGAAAGUCCUCGUGCCUCCAUGGGCACCCCCUCAGGUAAAAGAAAACUCAUCACAUCUGAAGAGGAACGGUCUCCUGCCAAGCGAGGCCGGAAGUCUACCACUGUGAAACCUGGUGCAGUGGGAGCAGGAGAGUUUGUGAGUCCCUGUGAGAGUGGAGACAACAUGGGUGAACCUGCCACCUUGGAAGAGCAGAGAGGGCCUUUGCCCCUCAACAAGACCUUAUUUCUGGGCUAUGCUUUUCUCCUCACCAUGGCCACAACCAGUGACAAGUUGACCAGCCGUUCAAAACUGCUAGAUGGUCCUGCAGGAAGCAGUGAAGAGGAGGAGGAAAUUUUAGAAAUUCCUCCUUUCAACAAACAGUACACAGAAUCCCAGCUUCGUGCAGGAGCUGGCUAUAUUCUUGAAGACUUCAAUGAAGCCCAGUGCAACACAGCCUACCAGUGUCUCCUAAUUGCGGAUCAGCAUUGUCGAACCCGGAAGUACUUUCUGUGCCUUGCCAGUGGGAUUCCUUGUGUAUCUCAUGUCUGGGUCCAUGACAGCUGCCAUGCCAACCAGCUUCAGAAUUACCGUAAUUAUCUGCUGCCAGCGGGGUACAGCCUUGAGGAGCAAAGAAUUCUGGAUUGGCAACCCCGUGAAAACCCUUUCCAGAAUCUGAAAGUACUCUUGGUAUCAGACCAACAGCAGAACUUCCUGGAGCUCUGGUCCGAGAUCCUCAUGACUGGGGGAGCAGCCUCUGUGAAGCAGCACCAUUCCAGUGCCCAUAACAAAGAUAUUGCGUUAGGGGUAUUUGAUGUGGUGGUGACGGACCCCUCGUGCCCAGCCUCGGUGCUGAAGUGUGCUGAAGCAUUGCAGCUGCCUGUGGUGUCACAAGAGUGGGUGAUCCAGUGCCUCAUUGUUGGGGAGAGAAUUGGAUUCAAGCAGCAUCCAAAAUAUAAACAUGAUUAUGUUUCUCACUAAGGAUAUACUUGGUCUUACCUGUUUUAUUUCCUGCGUCGUGGAGAUUGUGUUUUAACCAGGUUUUAAAUGUCUUGUGUGUAACUGGAUUCCUUGCAUGGAUCUUGUACAUAGUUUUAUUUGCUGGACUUUUAUGAUAAAAUAAAUGUUGAAUCUCUUUGGUUGUAGUAACUGGGAUUUCUUUUCUUUGAGUUUAAUCUCAGAACAAAUAGCAAGACAAAUACAGUCCUCUGCCAUUGACAAUACGUUUGUUCAACGUAGGACAGCUAGCCAAGGAAAAGUAAGAUAUAAAUUUUAAAGUCUUGUGUAGCAUUACUGUCAAAGAUUUAGGGCUGUCUAAAACUCAAUGCUUUCAAAACCUGGUGAAACAGUAGGCCCACGUUCAGUGGUUGUGCCAAAAGUUGAAUGGAGUUUGGAACAGCUCUAAAUUUCCUGGGAAGUAAGAAAAAAAAAUCUCUUUAGAGCU